UCCUGAUUAGCUAUUCAGAGCCAGCUAGAAUGACCAUGACCGUGACCAAUGGGGAGGUACAUGCAGUGACUGCCAAUGGAGGCUUUACAAUUGACAAGCCCUUCAAGAUCUUUGUGGGUUACGAUCCGCGUGAAGAUAUUGCCUAUGAGGUUUGUCACCAUUCUAUUUUGAAACGAUCCUCGAUCCCUGUUGAGAUCACCCCCAUUGUGCAGUCAGAUCUUAGAACGAAUGGCUUGUAUUGGCGCGAGAGAGGCCAGCUUGAGAGCACAGAGUUCUCUUUUACUCGUUUCUUGACCCCGCAUUUGGCAAACUAUGAUGGUUGGGCGAUGUUUGUUGAUUGUGAUUUCCUAUACUUAGCUGACAUCAAGGAAUUGAGGGAUUUGAUUGAUGACAAGUAUGCCAUCAUGUGUGUGCAACAUGAUUAUACUCCAAAAGAGGCCACAAAAAUGGAUGGUGCGGUGCAAACCGUGUAUCCAAGGAAGAAUUGGUCUUCCAUGGUGUUGUACAAUUGUGGGCACCCGAAGAACAAGGUUCUGACACCUGAGGUUGUGAAUACCCAAACCGGUGCUUUCCUUCAUAGGUUUCAGUGGCUUGAGGAUGAAGAAAUCGGUUCCAUCCCAUUUGUGUGGAAUUUCCUGGAGGGUCAUAACAAAGUUGUGGAAGGUGACACAACAACAUUUCCUAAAGCAAUACAUUAUACUCGUGGUGGCCCAUGGUUUGAGGCAUGGAAGAAUUGUGACUUUGCAGAAUUGUGGUUGAAAGAGAAGGAUGAGUGCGUGAAGGAAGAGAAGAAAUAAUUCAAAAGUAGAUAUGAUUCAUCAGCUGGAGUAUUAUUUUUUAUUUGCAAGGCUUAUUUUCCUGUGUUCUGUUCAUUUGUAGUGUGUAUUAGCAUGCUACCCUGUGCAGUCUUGUCUAUAAUUCUUUGCAGCAGCUAGUUAGUUAGCUAGUACAUGGCCAGUUCUGGCCUCUGAAGACCUCUCUUAUUUCAGAAACUGCUGCUGUACUACGUAUUAGCAUUUGAUUAUUAAUGAAAGUUGUGAGCAUUUUUUUA